GGGAGGAGAGAGCUGGGGACUGGAUACGUGGAUUUGAGAGAGGAAAGCUGCAGCCUGGACCUUGAGUCUGAGGGAGGAGAGCUGAGGUCUAGAGUCUUGGAUCUGAGAAAUAAGGUACCCUGUAGACCCUUGGAUCUGAGCAAGGGAGGUGGAGUCAAGAUUCUUGGAUUUGAGAGAUAAGGUUCCCUCUGGACCCGCACCUCCAAGUAGACAGAGCACCUCAUCUUGCCACCAUGAGCACCACCACAGGGCCUGAAGCUGCACCCAAACCAAGUGCAAAGUCUAUCUAUGAACAGAGGAAACGUUACUCCACUGUGGUGAUGGCUGACGUGUCCCAGUAUCAUGUCAAUCACCUGGUCACCUUCUGCUUGGGGGAGGAAGAUGGCGUGCACACUGUAGAAGAUGCUUCCAGAAAGCUGGCAGUCAUGGACAGCCAGGGGCGCGUCUGGGCACAGGAGAUGCUACUCAGAGUGUCACCUGGUCAAGUCACUCUGCUUGAUCUGGUCUCCAAGGAGGAACUAGAGUCAUAUCCUCUCGAUGCCAUCGUACGCUGCGACGCGGUGAUGCCCCGAGGACGGAGCCGCUCGUUGCUGCUCCUGGUGUGCCAAGAGCCAGAGCGUGCACAACCGGACGUCCAUUUCUUCCAGGGUCUGCUCCUCGGGGCGGAGCUGAUCCGUGAGGACAUCCAAGGGGCUCUGCAGAACUACCGCUCCGGACGUGGGGAACGCAGGGCAGCAGCACUCAGGGCGACGCAGGAGGAGCUGCGACGCGGAGCUUCUCCAGCAGCGGAGACCCCGCCCUUACAACGUCGCCCGUCAGUCCGCGCGGUGAUCAACACCGUGGAACCGUCCGCGGUCCGCGGGCGACCCCAGGUGGAGCCAAUUGCAGAGACUGAGGAAGCCAGGAAACCAGACCGAGCGCGCACGACUAGCAAUGCUGACCCUACCUCCCCGGACUUGGGCCCAAGGGGUCCUGAGCUGGCGGGUCUGCAGGCAGAGCGAGAUGUGGAUAUUCUGAACCACGUGUUUGACGACGUGGAGAGUUUUGUAUCCAGACUGCAAAAAUCAGCAGAGGCUACCCGGGUUUUGGAGCACCGCGAGAGAGGCCGCAGGACACGACGCCGAGCUGCCGGAGAGGGUCUGCUGACACUGAGGGCCAAGCCACCCACCGAGGCUGAAUACACCGACGUGCUUCAGAAAAUCAAAUAUGCUUUCAGUCUGCUGGCCCGGUUGCGCGGCAACAUCGCCAAUCCUUCCUCUCCAGAGCUGUUGCACUUUCUGUUUGGACCUCUGCAAAUGAUUGUGAACACUUCAGGCGGCCCUGAGUUCGCGAAGAGUGUGCGACGACCGCAUUUGACGUUGGAGGCUGUGGCUCUGCUCCGCGACAAUGUCACUCCUCGUGAAAACGAACUAUGGACCUCACUGGGGGACUUCUGGACCCGCCCAGGGGUGGAGCUGCCCCCUGAAGAAGGGUCUCCAUACAGUCCAGAAUUCUACAGCGGCUGGGAGCCUCCGGCCACUGAUCCGCAGGGCCGCCCCUGGGAGGACCCAGUGGAAAAACAGCUACAACACGAGAAGCGGCGCAGGCAGCAAAGCGCCCCCCAGGUCGCAGUCAAUGGUCAUCCAGAUCCAGAACUGGAAACUGAGUCCCAGCUAGAAGAGAAAGCCAGAAAAUGGGUUCUGUGUAAUUACGACUUCCAGGCCCGAAAUGGCAGCGAGCUAUCUGUCAAGCACCGAGAUGUGUUGGAGGUCCUAGAUGACAGGCGCAAAUGGUGGAAGGUUCGGGACCAUCAGGGACAAGAGGGCUAUGUACCUUAUAAUAUCCUGACACCCCACCCUGGACCUCAGGUGCACAGCAGCCAAAGCCCCGCAAGAAACCUAGAGACUAGCACACCUCCUCCCCCACCUGCCCCAGCUCCAGCCCCCACUCAGGUGCGGCCCCAGUGGGACAGUUGCGACAGUCUAAACAGUUUGGAACCCAGCGAGAAGGAGAAAUUCUCCCAGAUGCUUUGUGUCAACGAGGAGCUGCAGUCGCGCCUGGCGCAGGGCCGUUCGGGUCCCAGCCGGGUAACCCCGGGGCCCCGAGCCCCGGAGCCCCAGCUCAGCCCGCGCUCUGAGGCCUCGGUGGUCCGUGCCUGGCUGCAGACCAAGGGCUUUAGCUCCGGGACUGUGGAAGCUCUCGGCGUGCUGACCGGCGCGCAGCUCUUCUCGCUGCAAAAGGAAGAGUUGCGGGCAGUGUGCCCGGAGGAAGGGGCGCGAGUGUACAGCCAAGUCACUGUGCAGCGCGCGCUGCUGGAGGACAGAGAAAAAGUAUCAGAGCUGGAGGCCGUGAUGGAGAAGCAAAAGAAAAAAGUGGAAGGCGAGACCAAAACAGAAGUCAUUUGAUCCUGGCUCGUUCACAAAAUGUGAUGAGACGAUGGGGUUCCCAGCGCCCCGUAGGACAACAGUCGCCAGACUCUUCCCCAUCGCCAGUGGCAGUAGAUGCCGUAAAGGAUCGCCCACCCUGGGUUCCCCGCUACUGCACUGACAGUGCUGACUGGAACCCUUCCAGAGGGACCGAUGGGAACGGGGAAAGGGACAGAGCAUAGACACUACCAGGGAGGCACGCCCAAGAGGCGCAAUGAUGGCCCUGUCUGUGCGUUGUGAUGUGCUAUAUAAACAGCCUCCUUUUAGGCUAUAUCCACCUGCUGUCCCCUUCUCUUGCUGGCUACCAAGGAGCCAGGAAUCUCCUAGACACCCCAUAUUUUCCUCUCCAUAAACAUGGAGAUUCCAACCCAGGCUUUCUCUUAAGCACCAGUCUAUCCUCGCUCUACCACUACCUAUAAUCUCUCUGGUUCAAAACCCUUCCCUGGCUCCUCGUUGUUCUUGGUCCUGUCACCUAGAUGAGAUUUUCCUUUCAAACACGGAGGGUGUCUCCUCCCAGCCUCCAUUUUGGGCCAAUUCCUUCAAUCACAGGCAUUUCGCACUUACUGCUUCUGCUGGUUGGAGCAACCUCCAUCGUUCUGGCUCAGCUCACCUGAAUGCCAGAUGCCUGUGCCAGCCACCAAGGAUCCAGCUAUGGAGAUCUGGAUGUUCCUUGAGCAUGCUAUAAGCUCUUGGGUCUUCCAGUCUCCUCAAGAACUUUCUCCCUGCCAAGUCCUGCAACUUGUCUGUCCGGUUUACUUAAGUGGCUGAUAAGGGCUGGUUUUCUCAUUCAGACUAGAUAUCGCUAAGGUCUUUUCCUGCCGUGGUGCUUCUCUUUGCAUCCUUAAAACACUUGUUCCAAGAGUCCCACCAGUGCAGUCCUCCUCUGCUCCCAAAGGAGUUCAGUUCUUACCUGAGCCAGCAGGUGGUACACCUCAAAAGCCAGCCUUCAGGCUGACAGCUUCACUAUACCCACUUCCUUCUAGAACAUUAAACCACUGCAGAUGUCCUUCCCUGUCUAGUCCUCGAACAUGUCCCUUGCUUCUCCUGACAGGAUAAAACCUAACUCCAGCGUGAGAGUUGAUGAACAUGAGCACUCCAGGGACCCCUUCCUCCCUUGUCAGGACUCCGGGCAUUGGUUCAUGCUGUUUGCACUGCCAGGAAUAGACCUUCAGAAUCUAAUCACUGCCUGUCAUUCCUUAUGUCAGGGUUGGGUGGUAAGCUGGUUGGUUUUGUUGGAGACAGUCUGGAUAUAGCCUCAAAGUCUCAAUUCUCCCAUUUUAGUUUCCUGAAUGCUGGGAUUCCUGGCAAAUGCCCUUAUGCCUUCUUUUCUAAGAGAAACUAAAAA